AUGCAACAAUUCUAAAAACAUUAGAACUGAAAAGAAAAUCACUAAAAACAUAAGGCAAAAUGGAGUCUUGGCUUCGUUUUUUCGUGCUCUUGGCCUGCCUCUCUCCAGCUUUUGCCAUUACUCGGCAUUACAAGUUCAAUGUGGUAAUGAGAAACAUGAGUCGCCUAUGUUCAACCAAACCAAUUGUCACUGUUAAUGGAAGGUUCCCAGGACCCACAAUCUACGCUAGAGAAGAUGAUAGAGUGCUUAUCAAGGUUCUUAACCAUGUCAAAUAUAACGUCUCUAUCCAUUGGCACGGGAUCAGACAACUUAGAACGGGUUGGGCAGAUGGACCGGCAUACAUCACACAAUGUCCGAUUCAACCAGGGCAAAGCUACAUAUACAACUUCACAAUCACAGGGCAAAGGGGUACGCUGUUUUGGCAUGCUCAUGUUUUGUGGCUAAGGUCCACUGUCCAUGGUGCUAUUGUUGUCCUGCCUAAGCGUGGUGUGCCUUAUCCAUUCCCCAAACCCAACCAUGAAGCUGUUGUUGUUUUAGCUGAAUGGUGGAAAUCUGAUACUGAAGCUGUGAUUAAUGAAGCUCUAAAGUCAGGUUUAGCUCCAAAUGUUUCUGAUGCUCACACAAUCAAUGGUCAUCCUGGACCAGUUUCCAAUUGUCCGACCCAAGGUGGAUAUACAUUGAGUGUUAAACCUGGAAAAACAUACAUGUUACGAGUGAUCAAUGCUGCGCUCAAUGAAGAACUCUUCUUUAAGAUUGCUGGCCACAAAAUGACCGUAGUUGAAGUUGAUGCAACCUACGUAAAACCCUUCAAAACAGACACAAUUGUAAUCGCCCCUGGCCAAACAACAAAUGUUAUAGUCACUGCUGAUCAAAGUUUCGGAAAAUACAUGGUUGCUGCUUCUCCCUUUAUGGAUGCUCCUAUCGCCGUCGACAACAUCACCGCCACCGCCACGUUGCAUUAUUCCGGCGCAUUAGGCAGUUCUCCCAUAACUCUCACUAGUACUCCGCCUCAAAACGCCACUUCAGUCGCCAACAAUUUUCUUGACGCUCUAAAAAGUCUUAAUUCGAAAAAAUACCCAGCGAAAGUUCCACAAACAGUGGAUCAUUCGCUGUUUUUCACUGUUGGACUAGGAAUUAAUCCAUGUCCAACGUGUAAACAAGCUAAUGGCAGCAGAGUUGUCGCUAGUGUAAAUAACAUUACAUUUGUUAUGCCAACGGUAGCGCUUUUACAAGCGCAUUUCUUUGGCAUAAAUGGAGUUUUCACAACAGAUUUUCCUGCGAAUCCGCCGUUUGUUUUUAACUAUACUGGAACAGCACCAACAAACUUGGCUACAACGACAGGGACGAAGGUUUAUCGGUUGCCUUAUAAUGCAACAGUUCAAUUAGUUUUGCAAGAUACUGGAAUUAUAGCUCCUGAAAAUCAUCCAACCCAUUUGCAUGGUUUCAAUUUCUUUUUAGUAGGUAAAGGACUAGGAAAUUUCAAUUCCAAAACAGACCCUAAGAAUUUUAAUCUUAUUGAUCCUGUUGAAAGGAAUACAAUUGGUGUGCCUUCUGGUGGAUGGGUUGCCAUAAGAUGGCGUGCUGACAAUCCAGGAGUUUGGUUUAUGCAUUGUCAUCUAGAGGUGCACACAACAUGGGGAUUGAAAAUGGCAUUCCUUGUAGAUAAUGGCGAGGGUCCUAGUGAGUCACUUUUGCCACCUCCAAAGGAUCUCCCAAAAUGCUAAAAAAACGGUGAAAAUCAUUUAGUUCAGAUCACAAAUCUUCAUGUGCAAUAUGUAAGAAUGCUGCACCAUGCAAUUAGAGAAAGAAGAAUUAGAGAGUCAAUAAGCAAUGUACUAUUCAUUUUCUUGAGUGAAAAAAGAAAGGGAGAUUUUUGCUCAAGCAAUCCUGCCCUCAAUAUUUAUGUUUGUAUGCAUAUAUACAUUUUUUUGUCGUUGUUCAUGGAAGUUUGAGAAAUGGAUUGUUUCUUUUAUUUCUUAUUAUUAUCGCUCCCAAUUCACACUUUCUGUUAAA